AUGAGAACAGACGACAUGGACAUGACCUGGGAAUUAGGAAGAUGGAGGGGGGGCAGGCUCUGGAUAAAGGGCAGAACAAACGAGCAAGAGUCAAGAGAGAGAGGGACGGGAGAGACAAGAAACGGGCAGACGGGACAACGGGCUAACGUAACAGGGCGACGGGGGUGUGAGGUGAAUGGGAUAAUACUGGAUGGAUGGAUGGAUACGGAUACUGGGGGGAGGAGGAGAGACGAGACGAGACGAGAACGACAGAGAGAGAGAGAGAAAGAGCAACAACCAGCACCAGCAAAAGCACCACCAAGAAAGUACACCAGACGAGACGAAGCAAGCGGCGGCGGCAAAGAUGCCAGGGACGGUACGGUACCUACUCCGUAUACCCCGUGGCUCAUCCCCGUACGAGACUACGAGUAA